UUCCAGCAACUGAGGCUUUGAGUCACAUCUAUGCUUUGCUUUCAGUAUAUUUAUCUUCUCUUUCAUGACGGGAGGUGUUAGUCAAGGCAGCUCCAGCAUGGAUUCAAUGGCGGAAAUAUUGGAGGACAACCUAGAGAAGAUUUUGAAGGGUGAGGGACUGGAGGUGAGAGAGUUUGAUUCAGUUCCUGAACAAGUGAAGCCUGUCACACUGAGGAAAAGCGUGUGUUACAUUGUCGGCGCAGUUAUCUUCAACUCAAAGGAUGAGGUGUUAAUGGUUCAGGAGGCAAAGAGAGAGUGUUAUGGCAGAUGGUAUCUCCCUGCGGGUCGCUUGGAGGAGCGUGAAAGCAUUCUAGAGGCGCUGCAGAGGGAGGUCAAAGAGGAGGCAGAAAUAGACUGCCAGCCAAUCACACUGCUGCUGGUUCAAGAACAAGGACCAAAGUGGGUUCGCUUCGUCUUCCUUGCGGAGGAAACAGGUUUGAAUCAGGAACUGAUUUUUUAG